AUGGUUUCCGCCAAGCUUCUCACAGCCGCGCUGGCUGCAGCUCUGCCGGCCUCUGCGCUUCCCAACUUUGUCAAGCGGGAGAAUGCCGCUUCACCGCAGACCAUCACGGUGACCAUCCCUGCUCAGCCUACCGAAACUGGACCUGCCGUGUAUGACUGGACAAAGGGUGGUGUGAAGGAGUUCACUAUCCACCAGUCAUGCAAUGCCACUGAGCGGGUUCAGCUCCGUCAGGGCUUGAACGAGGCCAUCACCGUGGCCACCCACGCGCGCGAUCACAUCCUCCGCUUUGGCAACAGCUCCGAAUUCUACCGAAAAUACUUUGGCAAGGCUCCCACGGGCGAGCCGAUUGGCUGGCUUGACAAGCUCAUCAAUGGCGACAAGAACGGCCUGAUUUUCCGCUGUGACGACAUUGAUGGCAACUGCAAGCAAGAUGGAUGGGGAGGCCACUGGCGAGGCGCCAACGCUACCUCUGAGACCGUCAUCUGCCCGCUCUCCUACGCGACCCGCAAGCCCCUAAACGCCAUCUGCGGCUUUGGCUACACAGUUGCCGGCGGCAAGCUUGCUUGGACGUUUGCUGGAGACCUGAUCCACCGCGCUUACCAUCUUCCGCUCAUCGGCCAGGACACAGUGAGCCAUUACGCCGACUCUUACGAUGAGUGCCUCCAGCUAGCCAAGACGAAGCCGGAGCAGGCGGUCCGCAACACGCACUCCCUCCAGUACUUUGCUCUCGACGUCUAUGCCUACGACAUUGCCCUGCCCGGUGUCGGAUGCACGGGCAAGCCCGCUGCUGCUGCACCUGCGCCUGCUCCCGCUGCUAGCUCUGCUUCCGGAACUGGCAAGGCUGCCCCGUCACCCACAAAGACCGCGGGGACUGAGUGCCACACACAUGACAACGGAGAUGUUCAUUGCUCUUAA